AUGUCUUUUGAUGUUGACGCGCUUGCUAAUAUGGAACCCAUUAUUCGCGUCCCAAAAUUCAUACCAAUGCGUUCACCAUAUAAUCUCGUGCAAGAAACAUUGUAUUAUGACCCAUGGAAGCUCCUUGUAGCAACGACAUUCUUGAAUCGUACCAAAGGUACUCAAGCACUUCCAAUUAUGUGGCAGUUUUUGAAAGAAUAUCCAACACCACAGAAGACAAUUAAGGCCAAUGCAGUAGAAAUAGCAGAUUUGUUGCAUCCUCUUGGAUUACAGUACGUAAAGCUAUUUUCGUUAUCUUAUUUGGACAAUUAUAAUUUUUCCACCCCUAAAGAAUUGUUCGGAAUGGGACAAUAUGCAGAAGACAGUUGGCGUUUGUUCUGUGGCGAAAAAGAUGACGCUUGGAUGGAGGGCUCUGGAUGCGAACCUAUGGAUAAAAUGUUGAAGAUGUAUAUUAUUUGGCGCAGGGCAAUACACAAAGGGCUCUUGGUCAAUGAUGAUGACGAACAAUUGCCUUUAUUUUCAAUCGUUGAUGGGAAUAAUAAAAUUGAUAAUGACAACAUAAAGGAUGCAGUG